AAGAAACUUUCUGCAAGACGAAUUUAGCCAAAACUUCACCGGCAAUAUGGUUUGGUUGAUUCUUUUUUAAACUCAGAGCUGGCCAAAAACUUACUGCUGUCUCGAAAGUCUUAAUCUACAUCCAUUUAAAGUGUUUACGGUCUCAAAAGUAAAUCGAAAUUCUCUUCGAAAUGCACUGCAGCUGUUACAGACAAAGCACCUUCGACAUGCAUUAAAACUCAGUUUCGAUAAUAGAGAUUGUUCGCGACACGUCUAUUUCUUAUAUAUCGUACAUAGCCAUGUAUCGAGGCUGGUACAUGUUUAAGAUGUCAGUCACCAAACAUGUAUAUUGCGCUUUAACAUGCUGAACCUGUACCAAGUUUAUAACUUUUAUCUGUUAUUAUUCUAUUAUUAACGAAACGUACAUAUGCAUUGCUUUAAAAUGCUCUCAUUCGAAUACUUUUCAGUUUCUUGUUUGUACGUAAUCGUAUAAUGAUCGAAAAGUUUAAUCAAUGGAGGACUUGCUUCGCAUGCUAGCAGCUUUGUGUGUAUUCGUGUUGUUUUUCUUAUGUUUAAAUUUCGCUUUAAUAACUCCAAAUAUCGUAAGAGGAUUUACUACUGACGUAAGAAAAAAAUUCAGUUUAACAAACAGGAGGGAAUUUGAAAUUAAAAAGGACGCAAUGUACCGUCAACAGGUGUUCAUGGAAAACUAUAGACCCGUAAGAAAUUCUGCUGGUAUCAACUGUACAAAAAUAAUCAUUAACAGUGAUCAAAAAGAGAUUACAAAAGCCAAGCAGGUUAAGACACAAUUAUCAAAUCUUAGUCUGGACUAUUAUUUGGACAUUACAAACAACUGUCAUCUGUUUCGUGCUUCCAGGGGAUAUAUUGACCAUCCACUUUCGAAGAUGGAACAUGAAUUCCCUAUUGCAUUUUCAAUACUUGUUUACAGAGACAUUGAACAAGUUGAACGACUCAUGCGUUUAAUAUAUAGACCUCACAAUUACUACUGUAUACAUAUGGAUUACAAAAUGAAUAAAAUUGAGAUGGAAGCCUUUAAGAAGAUCGCAAAUUGUUUGAACAAUGUGUUUAUUGUUAAAGAACCAGUAAAUGUAAUAUGGGGAGACUUUUCACUUUUAGAGGCAGAACUGCUAUGCAUGAAAGUACUUGGAUCUUAUAAACAGUGGAAAUAUUACAUUAACCUUACUGGACAAGAAUUUCCUUUGAAAACCAACCGCGAGAUAGUUGCUAUCCUAAAAGCCUUAGACGGUGCAAACGUUGUUUACGGAUCUUUAAAAAGAACGUUGUCACGCUACAAUACCCGCUGGUCUAUGGUAAAAGCACCACCACCUCAUAACCUGACAAUAAUAAAAGGAUCAAUGCAUGUUGCAGCUAACAGGGAAUUUGUCGAUUUCUGCCUUCACGACCCAGUAUCACUAGAAUUAAUAAAGUGGUUAAAAGAAACAAGAAUUCCAGAUGAAUCUUUCUUCUCUACGUUAAUCUAUAAUCCACAGUUGGGAAUACCAGGAUCUUUACUUGGAGAGCCAGAGAAACACUGUUUGAGGCCGUUUUUUCUACGAUACGUCAUCUGGCAGUUUCAUGGUAACAGUAACCUUGUUAAAAUCUGCCGUGGAAAGUUUGUGCGAGAAGUGUGUAUACUUGGAGUUGAGGAUCUACACAGCGCAUACAAUAGUGUUGGGUUAUUUGCUAAUAAGUUUUACCUUAAUUUCGAACAUAUAGCUCUUGACUGUUUAGAAGAACUGUUAUAUGAGAAAACAUGGAAAGAGUAUCUUGAAGACGUUUCAAUCGACACAUCUUAUUAUUACCACUUAGACUACGCCAAAAUGCAGUUAAAGGCGUGACUCUAUCCAAUAUUGAUUUGCUGUUGCGAGUUAGGUAUCCACAUACAGUAGUCAAAUUUCAUACGAUGAUUAAUCGGUUUACGACUCCCUUCUGUUUUGGGUUUCAGGGAGUGACUGAAGUCACAGUUACCUCGAUUCUGGAAAUGAUUUCCAAUAAAUAAAUGGACAACUAUUUGGCUCAAGGUUGUGAAACAAUACUUGUAAUUGGGUACCUUUGGAUAGUAAAUGACACCUAUUUGCAUUGUGUCAAAUGUGAAUGUUACAGACAAUAUUUUUAAUACAAUAGAUGAUUUGAUGCGGGGUUCUUUAUGCUAUAUGAUAAAGUCAUUGUGAGAAAUAUUGUAUUAGAUUUAUUAGCCCAAUAAGCACAGAUACAAUGAAGUUAGUCCACUUUUCUUGUUGGUUAAAGGUAGUCAUAGUAUACUUCACAUUGAUAAAACUUGACCAAUUUGAUAAAAUGGCUACAUUUCUACUUUUGGGCCAUUGAAUCAAUUUUGGAAAUAAACUGAAUAUAAGUGAAUCAUUCAUUUCACAAAACCAUUCACAUCGUCUGGGUCGGCUCUCUUUACAAAAGGUAUAGCCCUAAUAAAUUUCGGGACUAUAGAACACGAAAUCAAAAUACUUCGGUAAUAAAGUACAUUAAAUCAGAAUACUUCGGGAAAAGAUACAUUAAAUCAGAAUACUUCGAGAAUAAAGUACAUUAAAUCAGAUUACUUCGGGAAAAGGUACAUUAAAUCAGAAUACUUUAGGAAUAAAGUACGUGAAAUCAGAAUAUUUCGGGAACAAGGUAAAUGCAACCAGAAUACUUUGGGAACAAAGUGUAAUGUAUUGGCCGGUGUACCUGAAGCUUUCUUUAAAACACAACACUGUUUAGCAGUUCCAGCAGAUUUAUUUCCCACGAAGAGCAAUGCACAGGUAGCUAUAAAUGUGCAGCUGAAUUUCAAAGAUGUAAUCGAUUUUCAGUUAGCUUUUUAGAACAGUUCUGUUUACAACACUAUUAACACAAUUUGAUAUUUAUAAAUUAAUUUCAGCCUAGCAUUUAACAAUGAUUAUUGACUUUCAGCUACUGAGAGCUGUCAGUUUAACCUGGGACCAUGUCCCUAGCUCGUCACCUGGGCUGUCCCCCACCCCCUGAUCAUAAUAACACUGAGUUUAUGUAUUCGCAGACAUGUUAUUCAACUUCCUGUCAACUUAGUAAUUAAACUUAAUUGUUUAACACCCUCCAGUUACUGAAGAUUUGACAAUCUUUUCUGACUUUUUAUAAUUCAUGAAUUAUACAGUUUUUGUAUGUUUUUUAAAAUCUUAAAUCUCUGAAAGAAAUAUUCAAAUUAAAAUACAAAACCUACCCAUUACACUACAAAUCUACAUGCAAUUAGAAUACUUCGAGAAUAAAGUACAUUGUUCACCAUUGUUUUCAUUAGCUUGUAGCACUUCCUCACCAAGCCUCUGUUCUUUAAUUAGAGAUACUUCUUCUGCAUAUAACUUUUGAGACAAAACAUGCUGUCUGUAUUAUUGCGAUGGAGGACUGAUUGAAAGAAUGCACGAGUUUAGUUCAGUUGUCACAACGGAGGAUUCCACGUGUUAUCAUUGAUUCAGUGUAAAACAUUGCAUUUACCUUUGGGUCGUUAUCACUCAGGAAAACUUCUAACCAAAUGAUUCGCCUGUUGAAACCGUCCGUGACACCAUAAAUGUAAAAUUCACAUGGUUUAAGGUUGCCAUGCCCAGCAACACAAAAUAUAGGUCUUUUUCUUUGUUCAAUUUUCGUUUCAAGGUUGGUGUUUUCAUGAAAUAAUGCUAUUCGAAUAAAUAUGAGGAAGCGGA